GGGGGAGAGAGCGCCGCCGAUUCGAGUGCCUAGCCAUCAGAGCGGGAGAUACGAUUUGUGGGCCACAUUCGCCGAUAAAACGUCAACCUGUCUCCACGUCAACCUGUUGCUCUCCGUGGAGGCAACAACAACAGCAGUAGCGUUCACGAAUUUCUGGAACGAGUCACACGCACGUUCCCCAAAUAAAACCCGAACGUAUCAUUUUCCUUAACAGAAAAAAAUAAAUUAAUCAAAGCCUUGUUACAACACACCCGAUUCUCGAUUCUCUCCUGUGGCGGAGAAAGACGAGACUCUUGACAAAAAUAUAAUAUUUUUUAAAGACAGACCCGUCGGAAAGAAAGGGAAAACAACAACAAAAAUGUGCCGCUGCUGUCAAAACUGUUGGGAAGAUUUCUACUGGAAUUGCUUCGAGGAGCGUUUUUGCUACGAUGAAUCGAUCGCUAACUAUAAUCCCGAGGACGACGAGGACUACUUGGCAGCCCAAAAGAAUGGACACAUCAUCGGACGCAUACAGCCAGCCUCGUCGGACAACAAUAAUUCACUGACAGUGCCACAACCGAUUUGCGAUCAGCCCCAAAUGCGGCACGGAAACUCCGGCCUGGGCCUGAGCUUAAUGAGCGCCAAGAUCCAUGAGGAGGACUAUCGUCGGGAGACACAGAUCAACGUGCCCACCCUGGGGCCGGAGAUAUUGGCCGUGUUCGCCAAUUCGCAGAUCUUCCAGGACCAUCAGCCCACCAAGCUCAACCGGAUUAGCACUAAGACAUACCUGGCCGGGGUCCAUUCGCCGAACCGCGAGAUGCCGACAACUCCGCGUCUCAGCGACCAGGAGAGGUUGCUGCGCCGUCUGGAAGGGGAUGCCACAGAUUCGAAACCAGGUUUGACGGAGAAGCGAAUCACAUUCACCCUGGCUUCCAACUCCGCCGAGUGCUCACCCUCUGGCAGCCAAACAACCCUCAGCCCGAAAAAGUUCGAGGCUAUUGCCGAGGAGGAAAAGGAGGACGACAAGGCCGAGGAGGAUGAGGAGGCCAUGGAAGAGGUGGUACUACGUCCGCGACUCAUUGAUCGCCACCCGCAUCUGCUGCCCAACCCCAGUGGCCUGAACACCACCCCGAAGCGCAUCCUGCGAACCGCCAAGAGCGUUCCACACAUGCACGUAAGGUCGGCGGCCAGCGAAACGGACAUAUUUUCGAUCAGCGGAACUGUCGGAGGCAGCCAGAUCAGCAUGACGCCCGAGGUGCCCUCCAUAUCGUUCAGCAAUCUGCCGAAGAACUACGAGGAUACACCCACAAUCGAAAAGUACCGAGUUUCCCAGAGCCUCUACUCCAUCCAAACUGCAAACGCGGCACGGGCCACCCAAGAUGACUACUCCAUGCCGCGUUACUUCCGCCGAUCCGCCAUGCUCUUGACUCAGAGUUCGGAGGUUCUGCCUGGGGCCAGUUCCCUGGCGUCCAUGUCGCCCUCGGUAGCCUCGUCAUCCGCCUCGCCGGGAUCCUCCAAGGACGAGAUCCGUCGUCCUGAAAAGGAGAAGAGCAAGCGGCUCCAGAUGUUGCGAGGAAACCUACCGCCCCUGCUCAUCCAUUCCGUGUCCUUUAAACGUAAUCGCGAUGAGGGCAAGCAAGUGGACUAAUAAAAAAAUACAUGUACUUGUUACAAUUACCCA